AGACCGACACUGGUCCUUUUAUCGGAAGAAAUGGUAAUCUCUCUUUCUCUCUCUCUCUUCCUCGCGGGACGCAACGCCUCAUUUUGUAAUUUGUCAAAGUUACUGCUACGCUAUCACCAGAUCAACUCCGUCACUCGCGCCAGUUUUCUGUACAUCGGAAUUCGAGCGUACUUUUGCCCUAGAAUUCCUCCACAGUCACUUCCGCCACCGCCGGCAGAAGCCAUGCUUGCUCAAGGAGAAGAAACCCCUUCCAGGUUUGAAUUGCUUAGUAUGGUUAAGAAGCACUCGAGUUUGUUGGCGAAGAGCGCGGUGGAGAAGCAAGAUGCUUCCGACGUUGAAAUGGACGGCCGAUUCUGGCAUGAUGUCUUCGAUUUGUAUUUUAUUCGGGGAAAGGAGUCGAGGGGACGCCAGGAUGACGAUAUGAUAUUUUUCGUACGGAAAACGAGCUUCAAGGGGCAGCGUUUUAAUGAUAACGACGAAGAAACUGCUCCUUUUUUCGUACGCAGGUGGGCAGCCCAGUUGGACAAGUUAAUGGGUGAAAGUUUAGCAGAGGUGGAUUGGAGGCGUUCUUUUUACUUGAACAUGAUUGCGCACACUAAAUACUCUGUUACAGUAGCAAUUUGCAGCCACCAGGACCUUAAAAACCAUCAAGCUGGACAAGAUACAUCACUCUCUCCUAUUUACAAGGUUGUGAAGACUGUUUAUGCAUCUCCAAGCCGAGUAAAUUUUCACUUGGAUGCAGAAAAGGAAGUGGAGACAGCUCCUGCAUACCCAGACAUCUGUUUUGCGGUGGAUGAUUUUGACUCCACCUUUGAUGCAGUGGUAUUGACAGACCCAGACCAUUGCUUUUGUGUGCUUCUUAAUGCACUUGAUGGGCCAGCAUUUCCUCGAGAAAAAGUGGUGGAUGAUUGUGGUUCUAGUAAUAAUCCACCAUCGAGUGUUGAUACUAAUUCUGGAAAGACACAGAAUAGCAAGAUCACAAUUUUCUCUGGAUUUGUCAGCUAUCAGAUGGUUCGAGAUGCAUAUGAUGCAGGGAGGUCUCGAAUUGGGAGCCUUCUGUCACUAGGUAAUUCCCCUCACAAAACAGACAGGCUUUUUAUGAAAGGUCCUGGAGGACGUGGAGAAGUUGAAGUGGCUGUAUCCAAUGUUCCAGAUCAAAGCCAGGAGGAUGCAGGCCCCUUUUCACCUGUCAUGUCAAAGAAAGGAUUUGGAAUUGGCUCAAUAUUUCGUAGGGCAGCAACCGUUGCAUCUGUAGCAGCAAAGCAUGCCUAUGCAGCAGCUGCUGCUGCUGCCAGCACAGAUUCUGAUGAUGAAAUGUUGCCUCUUAAAUGCUGCUUAAUGUCUAUAACAUUGCCUUGGGAACACAUUGCUAAUGAUCUUUUGUUCAAGGGAAGCCCACCAGUUAAUUUGUAAAUAUCUUGUAUUACAUGGCACCGGAAAAGUGCAAAACUUAAAGUCGUUGCAACCUUAAAGAGGCAAGCAUGCAAGAAAUGCAUUUGCAAAGGGGGCGUGAAAUUACCACCCUAACUGCCUCAUCAUCGAAGGUGAUUGUGUCCAAUUUCAUCGAAAUUUUAUCUAGCCCUCAAAAUUUCAGGUGGGAAUAAGUGUUUUAGAGAUAUGUUUUGUGGAAAUGUUGUAAAUUUUUAGUUGUAUAUAUUACUAAUACAUAUUUGGUUUAUCUUUAUUGUUGCAAGAUUCAUAUGUCCUUGUGUUCUCUUUUAAUGCGAUAUUGCUCUUUUACCUUUUCUUAGAGAUGAAUGCAAUUUUGCUUUUAC